GGAGGAGAAGGGGGCCAGCGGGCUGCAGGAAUUCAGCCUGGUGGGAGGCUGGGACUGUCAUCUAGGAGAAUUUCCCCUCUUUGAAACAGACUGGGGACCUUGCCACCCCACCCCUUCACUGUGCUUCUUAAAGGGAUCACAGCAUUUUUCCUUUGACUCCAUGGAAGGCAGACUUGGGACGCUCUGUGGAGACUUUACAUCGUUCCUUCCCGCUUCCUUCCCAGCUGGUAGCCUUCCUCUGGCUGAUUGACUGAGUGGGGACCUCCCAGGCAUGGCACUGAUCAGCCGACCCACUUGUGACUUGGCUCUUGGGCUUGGUCAGCCUCUGGUGGCAUCUUGCUUUCCCCCUGCUGGGGUGUGGCCGUGGUGAGUGGGGGGUCCAGUCCUGAGCAAGCUUGGAGGGGGUCACUGGCACCCCCCAUUGCCUUCUCCCCCCAAGCUGGAGGACAGUGAGGUUGUCAGGGGCUAUGAUGAGAUGAGCGGGGGCCGCUUUGACUUUGAUGAUGGUGGCGCCUACUGUGGGGGCUGGGAGAAUGGAAAGGCCCAUGGGCACGGAUUGUGCACGGGCCCCAAGGGCCAGGGUGAAUACUCAGGCUCCUGGAACUUUGGCUUUGAAGUGGCAGGCGUCUACACCUGGCCCAGUGGAAACACCUUCGAGGGAUACUGGAGCCAGGGCAAACGGCAUGGGCUGGGCAUAGAAACCAAGGGCCGCUGGUUCUACAAGGGCGAGUGGACACACGGCUUCAAAGGACGCUAUGGAACCCGGCAGAGCAGCAGCAGUGGUGCCAAGUAUGAGGGCACUUGGAAUAAUGGCCUGCAGGACGGCUAUGGCACUGAGACCUAUGCAGAUGGAGGGACUUACCAAGGCCAGUUCACCAACGGCAUGCGCCACGGCUACGGUGUGCGCCAGAGUGUGCCCUAUGGGAUGGCCGUCGUGGUGCGCUCGCCGCUGCGCACGUCGCUCUCGUCCCUGCGCAGCGAGCACAGCAACGGCACGGUGGCCCCGGACUCGCCCACCUCGCCGGCCUCCGACGGCCCGCCGCUGCCCGCGCCCGCCAUCCCGCGCGGCGGCUUCGCGCUCAGCCUGCUGGCCAACGCCGAGGCGGCCGCGCGGGCGCCCAAGGGCGCGGGCUUCUUCCAGCGGGGCGCGCUGCUGGGCAAGCUGCGGCGGGCCGAGUCGCGCACGUCCCUGGGCAGCCAGCGCAGCCGCGUCAGCUUCCUCAAGAGCGACCUCAGCUCGGGCGCCAGCGACGCCGCCUCCACCACCAGCCUGGGCGAGGGCGCCGACGACGCCGCGCCCUUCGAGGCCGACAUCGACGCCACCACCACUGAGACCUACAUGGGCGAAUGGAAGAACGACAAGCGCUCGGGCUUCGGCGUGAGCGAGCGCUCCAGCGGCCUCCGCUACGAGGGCGAGUGGCUGGACAACCUGCGCCACGGCUACGGCUGCACCACGCUGCCCGACGGCCACCGCGAGGAGGGCAAGUAUCGCCACAACGUGCUGGUCAAAUGCACCAAGCGACGCGUGCUGCCGCUCAAGAGCAGCAAGGUCCGUCAGAAGGUGGAGCACAGCAUGGAGGGCGCCCAGCGCGCGGCGGCAAUAGCGCGCCAGAAGGCUGAGAUCGCUGCCUCCAGGACAAGCCAUGCCAAGGCCAAAGCUGAGGCUGCAGAACAGGCUGCCCUGGCUGCCAACCAAGAGUCCAACAUUGCCCGCACUUUGGCCAGGGAGCUGGCUCCAGACUUCUACCAGCCAGGUCCAGAAUAUCAGAAGCGCCGGCUGCUUCAGGAGAUCCUGGAAAACUCAGAGAGCCUGCUAGAGCCCCCCGACCGGGGCCCGGGAGCCGCUGGCCUCCCGGAGCGGCCCCGCGAGAGCCCACAGCUGCACGAGCGGGAGACCCCUCGACCCGAGGUUGGCCCCCCGUCGCCGGCCGGGACACCCCCGCAGCCCAAGCGGCCCCGUCCGGGGACGACCAAGGACGGCUUGCUGAGCCCCGGCGCCUGGAACGGCGAGCCCGGCACCGAGGGCAGCCGGUCGGCCACGCCGUCCGAGGGCCGUCGCAGCCCAGCGCGUCCAACCACCGAGCACAUGGCCAUCGAGGCGCUGCAGGCGCCGCCCGCACGGUCGCGGGAGCCGGAGGUGGCGCUGUACCAGGGCUACCACAGCUACGCCGUGCGCACCGGGCCGCCCGCGCCGCCCGCGUUGGAGGACGAGCCUGAGCCUGAGGUCUCCAGGUCCGACUCAGCGCCUCCGUCCCCGGCCACCGCCCCAGUGCAGCCCCCCAUGCCUGGGAGUCCCGAGCCCGCGCCCACGCCCGCGCCCGAGACCCCCGCCAAGCUGGAGCCCAAGCCCAUCGUCCCCAAAGAGUCCAAGGCCAAGGCCCGCAAGACUGAGGGCCGAGGGCUGACCAAGGCCGGGGCCAAGAAGAAGACUCGCAAGGAGGCCGCGCUGGUGGCAGAGGCGGAAGUGGAGGUGGAGGAGGUCCCUAACACCGUCCUCAUCUGCAUGGUGAUCCUGCUUAACAUCGGCCUGGCCAUCCUCUUCGUUCACCUCCUGACCUGACCCUCAUGUACCAGGCCAGGAGUUCCUGCUGAGGACAAGAAGACCCAUCUUUCUGCAGUGCCAAGCAGGGUGGUCAAGGAGGACUGGACUCUGACCUGGAACCCCAGCGUUCCAGCUCACAUCUGCACUGCAAACGUUUAUGGAGGCCUCCGGUGGCGCCCUGCUGGGUGGUGGAGGUGCCCAGAGGAAUAGAAUGUGCUGGAAACCCUCUUGGAGCUCUCCGUCCAGGGGCAGGGAAAGCCCUGAAGUACUCCCGUCCCUCAUCCUUAUUCACUCCCUCACCUGCCUCUAGGUCACCGCCUCCCUGGGCUUUUGUGUGUUUUCGGAGAAGUCACCAUACCCGAAUAUUAAGUCCCAGCCCUCUUCCUCCUGCCCAUCUCCUGCUUUAUUUUAACCUCUGGCUGCUGGGCUGAGGCCUCCCGAGCAAGCAGAGGGAGUGACAGAUCCCCGUACAGGGCCAGGGAGGGAGACAUUCUCAGACGGUGCAGAGGCCGUCCCUUUGGCAGUCUUGACCCAGCACACGCUCUGUCCCCUGCUUACAGAUGUUCUGGAUAACCGUAGAGGAAAUGGACAUGCUCAGUUUGAAUAUGCUCCCACCGGUCCAGUUAGCUUUCUUUCUGGACCAAUAGAAGAGGGGGAGACAUGAGGGAUUGGAGCCUUUGGCUGGGAAGCCACCGACCAGGUGGCCAAGGGGGGAAGAAGUGGGAAGAAGGGCUAAGGGGCGGUUCGGAGGGUCCCUGUUUUUGCGUGUGCCUGAGCCUGAGGCUGGCAUUGCAUUUAGGGCUUCCAGUGUGCUCGG